UUUGAUUAAAAAAAUAAAAUUUUCCAUUAAAGCAAAGAAAAAAAAAAAUCUGAAAAAGUUCUGGCUUGCGUUCUCCCUCUCUUUCCAAUCUCACGCGAAGAGUGAAACUUCGCACGGAGAGGGAGAGAGAAAGAGAAUGGCAAUGGUGUCGUGGAAUCUUGGAGCAUAUAAAUAUAAGAAGACAUCGGUUCUAAAUAUAUGUUGCAGAAAGAAGGAACGAGACAGGGAUCAUUUUCACCCUUAUAAAGUCAUUGAAAUUACGCCUCCUCCCAAGAAUCUUGGCAUCCGCUGCUUUCCUCCAAAUGGAUUUUUUUUCUGUCAUCCUGAUCAUGUUAUUUGUCCAAAUUCACUCAAAUUGAUAGCAGAACUUGCAAUGUGGAGAGAGUGUUACUAUUGAAGGUCAAGCAUACACCAUUUCAGCUGUAACUUAUCGGUACCAGCUCCGCAAGGGGAAGUACGAACCUAGCGAGAAGAGGCUUGAUGUUUUAUCUACAGGAAGAUACAUCUUGAACUUAUAUUUAGAAAAUUUGCUAGAUCAAUCAUGAAAUCUAAAACUUUGAUUGCAUUUUGAAUAUUUGAGAACUUCAAGUGUCCAUAUAGAGAAAGAACAAUAAAAAUAGCCCUGAGUUAGUAAAUAUGCAGAGGCACUUGGCCCAGUAACCAUCACGUGUAGUCAUGUACUGUAUAACCUUGAAAUGAAUGUAUUGCCUGUGAUUGCUAACU